UUUUCCUCGAAUAGCAAUUCGAGAAAGUUUUGUUUUCCUCUUUUUCCCCUGUUACAAGUAAAAUUGAAAUGAAAUGACCUUUUUAGCCUCGGCGAACUUAAAACCUGCAUGCUUGCAACCAGUAUCCAAUCGAUCCACCAAAACCCUAAACCCUAAACCCUUGAUGCUCGUUAGUCGUUCCCGAAUUCAAAUCCGUAUUUCCUUCAACUGCUUUGGGAAUUUGAAAAGUCGAAAACUUUAUCGGACUUGUGUUGCUGAGACCGAAGGUGAAAGACCACCUGCACUCCACCUGUUUGAUGAAAUUCCCCUUCAGUCUUUCUUCAGAAUUUUAAUGCUCUGUGUGCAUUGCUAGUGUGACUAUGGAGAAUCACGACGAAACGCAGCUCCAGAGUUUUCUCAAAACUCUUCCCCCUGUUGAGUUCUGCUGUGUCUAUGGCUCAUCUCUCCACCCCAGCCAUCCUUCCACUGCCAAGUCAACUAUGGUGGAUUGCAUUCUUGGUGUAUCAGAUCCCCAGCAAUGGCAUUCUGAGAAUCUGAAAUUGAACAACGAUCAUUACGCCUCAUGGAUGGUGCUCCUUGGUGGAGCAAGGCUGAUUACUGGCGUUGCAGAUGAAAUCGGUGUAGGAGUGCACUUCAAUCCUUUUGUUAGUUGGAAUGACAAGAUGUAUAAGUAUGGGGUUGUUGGCAUGGACAACUUGGUUCAGGAUGUGCUACGUUGGGAGAGGUUCUAUUUGAGUGGCCGAUUACAAAAGCCAGUUCAGGUACUUUUGGAUAAUUUGGAUAUCACAAAUGUAAACUCGGUUAAUUUGAGGGCUGCAAUGUCUGCUGCGCUCCUUCUUUUGCCAUCCAAUUUCACUGAGGAAGAUCUGUAUGCCAAAAUAUGUAGCCUCUCAUAUAUGGGUGAUGUGCGUAUGCUUUUUGCAGAGGACAGAAAUAAGGUGAAGAAAAUAGUACAAGGGCAAUUUGAAUUGUUCCAGUCGAUGUAUAAGCCAUUCAUAGAAGAUUAUGAGACCAAAGAGUUGUUGAGACGGUCAUUAUCUGGGAAUCCUCAACCAUAUAUAUCUCAGGAUUGUGGUUUAUCAGCUGCCCAAUCUCUCGUUUCUUAUCUGCCCCCGAUGGUCAGAAGCCAAAUGGGGAUGAAGCUAGGAGAGAAGAAAGCACUGUGCGGCUCUGGUCGAGCUGUUCACGAUAUUGUGAUUGGAUCCAAAGACGAGGCUGCUAAAUGCAUGCAGAGUAUUUUGAGGCGAAAGGUCAUGGUUUCAAGUGCAAGACAGGCAGUCGCUGGUCUCAUAGCUGUUGGUGGCAUUAAUGGCAUGAGAUAUCUUGGUGCUAAAAUGAGCAAGGCAUGGAAAUCCUGGAGAUCAUAACUCUUUUUUAUUUAUUCAUGCCAUUUUUGGUGCGAGACUUUUUCAGGAAGAAACUUUUAGUAUCGGAUGGACGUUAAAAGCGUGGUUUUGCAGUCCGAUUCAACAAGAGGUGAGGUGCUUGAAACAUAACAUAAACAAGAACUUUCUUUGUACCAAGGAAGAAUAAAUUAUCGCUACAAGCAGCCUACAACAUCGAGUAAUAAGAAACCGAGGGAGAAAGCAAGCCUUGAAUGGAAAUGUAAACUUCAUCUUCCGUUAACUACAGAAGAAUUACAGUUUUGAACAUGUAAUUCGCACGAUAGAGCUUCGAGUAUUAAGGCUUUCUUUGUUGCCAUUUUCUGAGAAAGUUCGGAGAAUAGAAUGACUUUUUUACAA